CUUGGGACCGUUUUGAGGUGCGUUUUGGAGGCAUGUCGAAGGCUAUUCAUUAUGGCCCAUCUUGUGCUAUUCAUGAUGGCCCAUCUCCGUAGCCAUUUUGGCUCAAGCGCAGAAGUUCUUGCCAAAUCGCCCCCCUCUCUCUCCGCCCGCCGCCGCCGCGGCGAGCCAUGGAGAGAGAGGGGCGAGAGAGGGGCCAUCGAGCCAAAUCGCCCCUCUCUCGCCCCUCUCUCUCCGCCCCUGCGCGCGCCAUGGACCCUCCCGCCGCCGCCGCGGCGAGCUCCGUGCUGGCGCCGGGGCUGGCCCCCUGCGCGCCUCGGGUCCCCGCCCUGGACCUCGCCGCGGUGGCCGCAGGCCGCGGCCCCUCUGGCGGAUCCUGGGCGGAGCCGUGCUGCCAGGACCACCCGCCUCACAGGCUGACGGCGCGCGCGGCGUCUCCGCGGCGGGGCCUUGGCCGCAGCGUGGCGCCGGCCCUGCGGCGCCUCCGGAGCCACGCCCUCGGGGGCCCGGCCGCUUUUUGGCACCGGCACUAUGCGCACUGCCCCGCGACGGAGUCGCUGCUUUUCCCCGGCCUGACCGUGGCGAGCCCGCGGCGCUCGGGAGGCGGCCGCGCGGGCGGCGGGAAGGUGGCGCCCAGGUUCGCGGCGACUUCCACCACCAUGGCCUCCGACGCGUGGGCCAGGGCUCGAGAGCUGGAGGGGGCCGCCUCCGAUGGCGAUCGCUGGACGGUGGAUGCUACCAGCCUGGACGGUGGAUGCUACCAGCAUGGGGACGUAGGCUGCCCGUGUGGCGAUCGUCGUUGCCAGCAGUGAUUGUGCAUACGGUCGCCAGGUGCAUCUGGUCGCGCGGUUUUGCAUCAAAGCCCUGGCCGGAACUAUCUUGUGCAUGUUGUUGCCAGGUGGAGCCCCGGCUACGUCGCUGAGUCGAAGCUGCCUGCAAUGCCGAAGCGUUCCAGAGAGGCAUUCCAUGCACGACUUAGGACCGCUUCUGAUUCACAAUCAACACUUUUCCAGCCGAGUCCAGUAUUCCAGUAUUGAACCAGGCCUAGUGCUCGAUCGGGGAUUGUGUGUUGCCAGCAGUGUAGCCCGUGCCGUCCUACGGUGCAGUGCCGUGAGCGGCAGAUAGGGCGACAAAGGCCACCUCAUGGGCAUCUGUCGCAGCGCCGUGCCGCGGACUGUGACCGAUUGCAGAUUUGUGUAGAUGUCUCUGAUCUGUAUGAUGCUUGUUGCUGCUAUCCCUCGGCUUCAUCAUCGUGUGGCGCUUCACUUUUGGCGGGCGGGUGCCAUUUGCUCUCCCGUCGGCUCUGGGUGUGUUCGCCUUCUGCGGGAACGUAGUGCAGUAAUUCAAUGGCUAUCUCAUGCCACGAGGCUCACGGAAGCCGACCUCGUCAUAGCCAAGUGUUCGUGGCAGCGGCUUCGCUCCAUCCUGGAUGAUGUCCAGAAUAAUUAUUGCUCGCGCAAAAUCGAUUCGUGUAUCGUCGUUGUCGCCAGUUAUCCAAGUUCGAUUUGGCCAUGUACAUUAUGAUCGGCCAGCUUGCACCCAUCAUGCGUUACUGGUGGAGGGGGAACGCUGGGAGGGCUAAUCAGAUUCUGGAUACAUGUGAUCUUCGGAAUUGGGGGACAAACACGUUCAACCAUUGAUUGGGUUGAUCAACGCAAGCGAACUUGAUAGUGCAUUGGCGCAUGGGUAGGCUUGAACAAUGCAAGCAUUAGCAUCCGUUUGCAGCUACUGAUUGGUACCUGUUAUAAAAAAUGUGUGUCACAGGUGACCGUCUCUGCGACUGCUGCCGCAGUGACUUUUGCACCGCAUUGUUUUGGUAGACCCUACCUGCAGGACUCGCCCGCAGCGUGCCGUACGUCGCAUCGACUUUCGGAACCAAGUGGCAGAGUACGGCCAGCUUUUUUUUUUUUACCGACAACCGUUUUUUAAGCACAUUGGCCAGGUGCUACAGAGUAUCCUUUCCCCCCUCCCCCCCUCCUGCUCUCCUCUGCCUGGGCCCUGGCCUUGCUAGGGGCUAUGUGUUAGGCUGUUCACCCCUCGUUUUCCUUAUGUUCGCCCCGUCUGUUCCUCUGCCUUCCAUGCUAUUGUUGUGCACAUGCUGAACCUCACAUCUCGGCCUCGCCACGAGGUUAGAUUCCCUGGGCUCUGGGUCAGUGAGCGCCUGUCGCGCCCCUGGCCGCCGUGUCGUUUCACCAGGCGUAGCCACUGGGAGCGGUGCCGCGCCUCUGGAUGGGGAGGGGGGUGCGCAUUGGCGAGCUUCCGCACGCAGCCAGUAUGAGCUAGAACCGCGGCCAAGACUCCCCUCGAGCGGCGCUGCCCGGGUUCGGCGGCGAUUUCUGGGCGGCGUGCCUUGGCAACUCACACCUCAGCAUCGCAGCAGGGGUAGUAAGGGGUGUGUGACACCACUGCCUGGUCCCUUUCGGCUGCCGACCCAGACUUGCUCUCGCUGGGGAGCUCCGUUUCAUAGCGACGGGGCCAGGCGCAGGAGUAGCCGGCGCGCGCACCCCUGACGCUGCCAAGUUUGCGCAUUCGCGUGUGCAGAGCCCCUGCCACGUCAUUUUCAGAGUCGCGACGGUUUGCGCGCCACAGACAGACCACAUGCCGCUGAACCAGGGAAUGUGCUGCACAGCCGUGCGGGUCGACAAAUCGCAAGUUGCUGCUGCUGCCCGCAUCGUUUCCGAGCCCCCCCGGUCACGUCUCCUGCUGCCCUCGGGCUGGCUCUUCCGGCCGAGAGGUCCAGAGAUCUAGCGGCGCAAUUUUGCUAGAGAAAUCGUCGCCAGUGCCAGUGCACGAUCUUUUUUGCAUCCAAAUGUGCCGUGCCUCGGUGCACUUCGCGAAAUUCGGGCUCGCAGUGCUGCUGCUGCUCGGCAAGAGGAUUCCGCUGUCGACCCAUGCUUAAGAUGUGCAGUUUCCUCAAGGAUUGUAACUGGCUGAUGGGGGCGCUAACAGUCCUUAUUUUAAGAGAUCCUAAGUUCGGAAAA